AUGAUCAAGAAUAAUUUCGACCAACAAUCGAUAAUUUCCAACAGGAAAUCGUCAAGGUUAUCUAAUUUUAAUCCUAUGAAAAAUAGGACACCAAAACAAGAUUUUACUCAACCACCAAUUCAUGCCCAAAACUCACCUUAUUAUAAUCAAUUAACUCCAACUAUGACCAACAUGACAACCAGUUCAGAUGGAUCUUCAACUCAUGGUAAUAAUUAUCUUUUGACAAAGAUGGAAACCAAUGAUUCUAUUGAUUCCAAUUAUUCAUUACAGCAACAAUUCAAAAUCGAGUUAAAUUUAAGUAAGAAAGAGAUUGAACUUAUUAGAUUUACUUGGAAUAAAAUGUUAUUAGACGAGCCUGUUGUUAAAACUAACAGUUCAUUACCAAUCCCUGGAGGAUUUAACUUUAACAAUGGACAUAGUAAUAAUCAACCAAUAAUGAAUCCACCUAAAAGUGCAUCUACAAUUGCUUCAUCGUUAUUUUGUCGUCAAUUAUAUGGAAAUUUAUUAUCAAUGGAUUCCCAAUUAGAACGAUUAUUCCCAUCAAUUAAACAUCAAGCCGUUGCAUUUGCUGGUGUUAUGUCAUUUACCAUCUCACAAUUAGAAAAUUUAACUGCUUUAAAUGAUUAUUUAGAAAAUUUAGGUAAAAGACAUUCAAGAAUUUUAGGUAUUGAACCUGCAAUGUUUGAAUUAAUGGGAGAAGCAUUAAUUCAAACAUUUUAUGAAAGAUUUGGUACAAAAUUUACUCAAGAUUUAGAAAUUUUAUGGAUCAAAUUAUAUUUAUAUUUAAGUAAUUCAUUAUUACAAUUCGGUAUUGAUCCAGUUUUGAAAUUAAAUAAGAAUGAUAAUUUAUCGUCAAAUGCCUCCAUUAAUUCUAAUUUAUUCAAAUUGAACGAAAUCAAUGAUUUUUCAUCAAAUAAUUCAACUAUAAGUUCAAGUAUUAAUACAUUGAAUUCAAGAAAUUUGAAAGAUGAUUUCUAUGACAUCAAUGAAAAGAAAGUCUCAACUGGUUUGAAAGACAAGAAAGAUAAAAGUACAAUCAAGAAGAAGAAAAGAGAUUGUGUAAUUCAAUAA